UUUCUGGUGAAAGGCGGGCUCAGCUUAUCAAUUCCCCCUCCGUUUCUACGAUAGAUUUCCGUUGGAGUUGGUAUGACUGGUGAGGUUUGUUUUCUCUGAGGGUUUUCGUAUGUUUUUCACUCUUUUUCGAAGAUCGGGUGAAAAAAGAAUCCCGCAUUGAAAACCGGGGCGUUCGAGGGGGGCCCAUCGCUUCAUUUAUGUUCAGUGUAUCUUCAGAGGUCGUCUUCAAAGCCGUACUCCACUUCGGCCCUUUCUAAAAAUAAAUAACGAUUUUUGUUGGAAACCCUUUUCGCCGGCCGAGAUGGAAGCCCUGAUACCCGUGAUCAACAAACUUCAAGACGUCUUUAACACAGUCGGAGCGGACGCGAUUCAACUGCCGCAGAUCACCGUCGUCGGGACGCAGAGUUCUGGGAAGAGCUCGGUGAUCGAGAGCCUUGUCGGGAGGUCGUUCCUGCCGAGAGGUACCGGGAUUGUCACCAGGACUCCGCUCAUCCUACAGCUCAACUAUUGCCCCAAAGAUGACAAAGAGAAGAGGUCACAGGAAGAAGGUACUUUAAAUGUGGAUGAAUGGGCUGUGUUCCUGCACAAGAAAUCGAAAGUGUAUACUGAUUUUGAAGAAGUGAGGACAGAGAUCGAGGCCGAAACCAGCAGAAUGGCUGGGCAUAACAAAGGAAUAUGCUCUGAACCUAUUGUACUUAAAAUUUAUUCACCAACUGUGUUAAACCUAACCCUUGUAGACCUUCCGGGCUUAACAAAGGUUCCUGUUGGAGAUCAGCCGGAAGAUAUAGAAAAUCAAAUUAGGAAAUUAGUCUUGCACUAUAUUGGCAAUCCAAAUUCGAUUAUUUUGGCUGUUGUCACUGCAAACACUGACAUGGCGACCAGUGAGAGCUUAAAAAUUUCCAAAGAUGUAGACCCAGAAGGUCGACGAACUUUAGCUGUCGUUACAAAAUUAGAUUUAAUGGAUGCAGGUACUGAUGCUAUUGAUAUAUUGUGCGGAAGGGUUAUCCCAGUGAAACUGGGAAUUAUUGGUGUUGUCAACAGAUCGCAACAAGAUAUUAUGGAUAAAAAGACAAUCAAAGAUGCUUUGCGGGAUGAGGGCAUGUUUUUACAAAAGAAAUAUCCUACUUUGGCGAACAGGAAUGGAACCCAUUACUUAGCUAAAACAUUAAAUAGACUAUUAAUGCAUCACAUAAGAGACUGUUUACCUGAUCUUAAGACUCGUGUAAAUGUUAUGGUGUCCCAAUUUCAAGCUCUGUUGAAUUCCUAUGGAGAUGACGUAUCUGAUAAGAGUCAAAUGUUGUUGCAAAUAAUUACAAAAUUUGCAUCUGCAUAUUGUUCCACGAUUGAGGGAACUGCUAGAAAUAUAGAAACAUCUGAACUGAGUGGAGGAGCCAGAAUCUGCUAUAUAUUUCAUGAAACAUUUGGUAAAGCUCUCGAUUCAAUACAUCCUUUGUUUGGAUUGAGCAAACGAGACGUUCUCACUGCCAUUAGAAACGCUACCGGACCUCGGCCAGCUCUCUUUGUUCCAGAAGUGUCCUUUGAACUGCUAGUAAAGCGGCAAAUAAGAAGAUUAGAGGAGCCUUCCUUAAAAUGUGUAGAGUUGGUUCAUGAAGAACUUCAAAGUAUUAUACAGCACUGUGGGACGGAAUCUCAGCAAGAAAUGAUCAGGUUUCCUAAAUUGCAUGAAAGAAUCAUUGACGUAGUUACUCAACUCUUACGCCAGAGACUACCAACAACAAAUGAAAUGGUUAAAAAUCUCGUUGCUAUUGAACUUGCUUAUAUCAAUACAAAACAUCCAGAUUUUCACAAGGAGGCAGCUCUUGUUCCUUCAUUAAUGGAAUCACUAGACGAUGAUGAUAAUAGAAGUUAUCCCCCACAUUCGAAUCGUAGACAACAUGGAAUGAACAAUUUGACGUAUGAAGAAAGACAGAGGAGCCAUUCUUUAAACCGCCACCAAGAGAUGUUAAAUGAUAAGUCACCAACUCUUAACGAAAAUGCUACCCAAGAUCCAUCGUCGAGUCACUCUUCUGCUUCGACGCCCUCUCAUCAAACGAGUCCAACCAAAGGUUUAAACUUAACAGAACCACAGAUGACAGUGGGAAGAAAACUUUCAGAAAAAGAACAAAAGGAAUGCGGAGUUAUCGUUUCUGUUCUAGAACGGUUAAUCAAAUCUUACUUCUACAUCGUCAGAAAGUCAAUUCAAGACAGUGUGCCCAAGGCCGUAAUGCACUUUUUAGUAAAUUAUGUUAAAGACAAUAUACAGUCUGAACUAGUCACACAUCUGUACAAGUCAGAUCAAGCGGAAGAACUUUUAAAUGAGUCAGAACACGUUGCCCAAAGAAGGAAAGAAGCCAGUGAUAUGCUUAAGGCUCUUCAGAAAGCAAAUCAUAUUAUCAGUGACAUUAGGGAGACUCACGUUUGGUGAUUUGGAAACAAUCUGGUAGCAAAUGCUAGUUUAUAUAAUUUGGUUUUUGAUAUUAAUUAUAAUUUUUCAAAAAUGAAUUAAUCCAUGUUAUGGACAAUUUAAACCAUUUGGCAUUCAUUCAUUCAAAAUUAAAACAUUGCAACAAAAAAAUAAAAAAAUAAAUCAAUGCCAAUUUCAAUUGAAAACUUUCAUAUAAAGCAGUAGGGAAACGUCCUUAUACGAUGGUGGAUAUUCAUGAUAAUUUAUUCAAGUUAAAACUGUACGCCCCGAUAUUGAGUGGCAAAAGUGGAGAAUGUUAUUUUUGUCUGGAAAAACAUAUUCUUUAUACAAUUGAGCAUUCUCACAUUUGGAUUUAAUAAUUGUACAUUGCAUUUCACUGUCCCAAUAAUAUUAAUACAUAAUUAUUUAUUGUUAUAAAUACAGUGAUUUUCAGUUGUUAAAGUACAUUUUAUUUUUAUUAUUCAUUAAUUAAUUAUUAAAGAACGUAAUUCCCUUGUUUAAUCGGUUCAAAGUUUGUUUAAAAAGCAUCAAUGCGGACACAGUCCUGGAACCUUAUAUCAGAUGAAUGUAUAAGAACGUAUAUAUUAAUUUUACAUACAAAUAAAUUUUAAAUAAAUUCAAUUUUCAUAAAUUCUCCAAAAUAAAGCUUUUUAGAAUAUGUAGAGAUUUAAUGUUCUGAAAAUUGUUUCCUGGGUUAAAGCAGUAAUACUUGAUCCAGUUGCAAAAUAUAUAUUUUGUUUAAUGUAUUAUUAUUACGUUUAAUUCCAUAUAUUAAUCCUGCUUCUUUGUAUGAAAUCGUUCAAAUAAAGAAUCUGUCAACAAUGCAAUAUUUAAUCAUUAUCCAUACUAGUACUUCUUAUAGGAUGAAAAUUUCUGUUUUAUUAUGAUUGUAUAUUAUUUAAAAGAACGAUGAAAGGAUUUAGUAAAUGUUAUUUAUUAAUGGAGAAACCAAAUUUUUGUCUUUGAUUUUAAGUGUUAUUGGCACUUUAAAAUUAAAAACCUGUAGUCCAAUUUGUUGAUGUGCAACAGUUAGUAUUUUUUGCGUUUAUAUUACUUAUUUUUAAUAGAUUGUAGUUCGUUUUUAUGAAUUAUAGAUGGAUCUAUAAUGGUGUAGUCAUAUCUAAGAGUUGUUGAAUCGAAACGGUUAUUGCAGAAAA